UUACAGCUGUCUCUUAACGAUGGGUAAUCAACAAUCAAACAUCGGCGGAGGCCCCGGUGGGGACGGAAGAGAUGAGAAGGACAAGAAGUAGAAGGACAAGCCUAGAUACGAGCCUCCUCCUCCCCCUACCACUCGCAUCGGACGUAAGAAGCGAAAGGCUGCGGGCCCGAGUACCGCUGCCAAACUUCCCGAUAUCUACCCAAACUCGCGAUGUAAACUCCGGUACCUACGGAUGCAACGGGUUCAUGACCACUUAUUGCUCGAGGAAGAAUACGUGGAGAACAUGGAACGUAUGCGCAAAGCCAAGGCGCAAGCAACGCAGGGUCCCGUUAGCCAGGGUGACAUGGAUAUCAUGGAUCGGAAUGCCGAUGAGAGAGGCCGGGUCGAUGACAUGAGAGGGAGUCCGAUGGGUGUCGGCAACCUGGAAGAGUUGAUUGACGAUGACCACGCGAUUGUAUCGAGUGCAACAGGGCCCGAGUACUACGUGUCUAUUAUGUCUUUCGUCGACAAGGAUCUUCUGGAGCCCGGUGCGAGUGUUCUGCUGCAUCACAAGACGGUUUCGGUGGUCGGUGUGUUGACCGAGGAAUCCGAUCCUCUUGUCUCGGUGAUGAAGCUCGACAAGGCGCCGACUGAGUCCUACGCAGACAUCGGUGGUCUUGAGUCGCAGGUUCAAGAAGUGCGAGAGUCGGUUGAGCUUCCGUUGCUUCACCCCGAAUUGUACGAAGAGAUGGGUAUCAAGCCUCCGAAGGGUGUCAUUCUCUACGGUGCUCCGGGUACCGGAAAGACAUUGCUGGCCAAGGCAGUGGCCAACCAAACCAGCGCUACUUUCCUUCGUAUUGUUGGCAGUGAACUCAUCCAGAAAUACCUGGGCGAUGGUCCUCGUCUUGUUCGCCAGAUUUUCUCGGUCGCUGCUGAGCAUUCGCCUUCGAUUGUGUUCAUUGAUGAAAUUGAUGCGAUCGGUACCAAGCGUUACGAGUCCAGCUCUGGUGGAGAGCGUGAAAUCCAGCGUACUAUGCUUGAGCUUCUCAACCAGCUUGAUGGUUUCGAUGACCGCGGAGACGUCAAGGUCGUUAUGGCAACAAACAAGAUCGAAACCCUGGAUCCUGCAUUGAUUCGGCCGGGUCGUAUUGACCGGAAGAUUCUCUUCGAGAACCCCGACCGUAAUGACGACGUCGACCUCGAUGAGUUCAUCAACCAGAAGGACGAUCUGUCCGGUGCCGAUAUCCGAGCAAUUUGCACAGAAGCUGGUCUGAUGGCGUUGAGAGAACGCCGGAUGAGGGUGCAAAUGGACGACUUCCGUGCGGCCAAGGAACGGAUUAUGAAGACGAAGCAGGACGGCGGUCCUAUCGAAGGGCUAUUAAUGACCAUGGAUGGCUUUGACGAGGAUGCGUUCAAGCAGUUCUUCCCAACCAGCUUUGGGAAGCAAACACGAACUACCAAUAUAAACGCGCAGAUCGACCGCACCAAGCGGUCGGAAGUCUCUGUCAAGCCCGAUGGCGAUGAUACUAAGAAAGAGUUGACUGACAGCGCAGGCGCUGAGACUCGAGAAGAACCCGAGACAAAGGCUGAAGAGCAGGAACCCCGCGACGACGAUGACGAUGACUCUGACGAUGAUGACUCGGAUGAGGACGACGAGGACGAGUUCCCAGUUUCGCAUGAGCUUCUUAUCAAAACACACGAACGCGCCGUGACUACCAUGACCGUAGACCCGGCAGGGUCGCGGUUGAUUACCGGGUCUAAUGAUUGUUCGAUUAAGCUUCAUGAUUUUGCCUCCAUGACGCCGACGACCGUACGCGCAUUCAAGUCUGUCGACCCGUCCGUGAAGAAGCAGUCCGCCGCGCAGGAAACACAUGCCGUUCACUACGCAGCGUUUAAUCCCAUCACCCCGAGCCAUGUCAUGGUUGUUCCUGCGACGCCGCAGCCGCGAAUCCUGGAUCGGGACGGCGAGACACUUGUCGAGUUUGUCAAGGGAGAUAUGUACCUGAGGGAUCUGCACAAUACAAAGGGUCACGUAUCGGAAGUCACUAGCGGAGCUUGGAAUCCGACGGAUUACAAUCUCUGUGUCACUGCUGGGACGGACAGCACGGUGCGCAUUUGGGAUGCCAAUGUUGGGCGGUCACAGAAGGAGGUUAUCGUGCAUAAGUCGAGGGUGGCGGGUUCUGCUGGCCGGAGCAAGAUGACUGCUGUCGCAUGGGGGACCCCGAAGCAAGGUGGAUCCAAUCUCCUUGUCGCUGCGGCUCUCGAUGGGAGCUUGCUGAUGUGGGGUGGGAAUGGGCCAUAUCACAGGCCCAGUGGGGAAAUUAGGGAUGCGCACACUCGGGAUACAUGGACCAGCGGGUUGGAUGUCAGCUCGGAUGGACGGCUUGUGAUCUCCAAGGGCGGCGACGAUACCAUCAAGCUUUGGGAUACCAGGAAAUUUAAGCAACCGAUCACCACCGUCUAUCAUCCUUCCAGCUCCACCCGCUACCCAACAUCGAACAUCGUGUUCUCCCCUACGUCCGCAAAUGUACUCACAGGCUCCGAAACGGGCCAUCUACACAUCUUAAACCCAGCAACCCUAAAGCCCGAACUCGUCACCCCAGUCACUCCAGGCUCACCUCUAAUCACCGUCCUCUGGCACGAAAAACUCAACCAAAUCCUCACCGGCUCCGCCAACGCCGAAACCCACGUCCUCUACAACCCCAACACCUCCACAAAGGGCGCUGCAAUGGUCAUGUCUAAGGCCCCCAAACGCCGGCACGUCGACGACGACCCCAACCUCACCAUGGACCUCUCCCAGGGUCUCUCCGGCGAAAACGUUGUCGUCGGAUCCAACGGAGUCCCACAUUACGGCUCUUCCACUUGGUCUGCUCGACACCCUACCAUCGGUCUUACGGCGUCGGGGAGACCGAAGGAUCCCCGACGGCCGCAUUUACCGUUGCAGACGCCGUUUGCCAAGUCGCAGCCUGAUGAGAGGCAUAUUCGGGAGAAUAUCCCGCUUAGUUCGAUGCGGGAUGAGGAUCCGAGGGAGGCGUUGUUGAAGUAUGCGGAGAAGGCUGAGAAGGAUCCGAUUUUCACGAAUGCGUGGAAGGAGACGCAGCCGAAGACGAUUUAUCGGGACGUUAGUGAUGAUGAGGAGGAGCAGCAGCAGCCUGAUAAGAAGAAGGCUAGGCGGUGA